AUGGGCCGCCGCCGCCUGCCGGUCUGGCUGUGCGCCGUGGCGGCGCUGCUCUCGGGGGCGCAGGCCAAGGGCACCCCGCUCCUCGCGCGGCCCGCGCCGCCGGGUGCUUCCCGCUACAGCCUCUACACGACGGGAUGGCGCCCGCGGCUGCGCCCGGGGCCGCACAAGGCCCUCUGUGCCUACGUUGUACACAGGAAUGUGACCUGCGUCCUACAGGAGGGAGCGGAGAGCUACCUAAAGGCCGAAUACCGGCAGUGCGGCUGGGGGCCCAAGUGCCCCGGGACAGUCACGUACCGCUCGGUGCUCAGACCCAGAUACAAGGUGGGCUACAAGAUGGUGACGGACCUCGCCUGGCGUUGUUGCCCUGGCCUUGCUGGAGAAGGCUGUCCCGAACACCUCACGGACCACGGGGCCACACCACCUCAGCCAGAGCCUGAGACCCAGAGUCCCUCGGGGCAGGUGGGCCCAGGCCCCAGACCCCUUCCUUCCAGUCAAGUGGCCCCAAGCCCCCAUGGAAGGAAAGGCCCAGGGCUGUUUGGUGAACGGCUGGAACGCCUGGAGGGUGACGUCCAGCGCCUGGCACAAGCAUAUGGUACCCUCAGCGGCCUGGUGGCCAGGCGUGAAGACCCCAGUAGGAUGACUGGUGGGCCCAGGGCUCCUGCCGCCCCCGUGGGCUUUGGGGUCAUCCCCGAGGGCUUUGUGAGCCCCCGAGACAGAGCUGGAAGACCGCUCAGCCCGCCGCUGGAGGAGAUCCUGAGCAAGGUGACCGAGGUGAGCAACACACUCCGGACCAAGGUGCAACUGCUGGACAAGGUGCAUGGGCUGGCACUCGGCCACGAGGCUCACCUGCAGCGGCUGCGGGAGGCGCCCCCGUCCCCCCUCACCUCCCUGGCGCUGCUGGACGAGUACGUGGACCGACGGCUGCACCGGCUCUGGGGCAGCCUGCUGGACGGCUUCGAGCAGAAGCUGCAGGGCGUCCAGAGCGCGUGCGACCUGCGCGUGCAGGAGGUGCAGCAGCAGUGUGAGGAGGGCCAGGCGGCCAGCCGGAGGCUGCACCAGAGCCUCGACGGCCGAGAGCUGGCCCUGCGCCGGGAACUCUCACAGCUGGGUACCCGGCUGCAAGGCCUGAGUGUGGCCAGCGGGGGCAGCUGCUGCGGGCAGCUGGCCUUCAUCAGGGCCCGCGUGGACAGCCUCGAGAGGAAUCUGCAGGCUGUGAUCGAGGCCCACCGGGGCCACGGCGCCCCCAGUGGGGAUGACCUCACGCGGCUAUCUGCCGCCAUGCUCGAGGGGGGCAUGGAUGGGCUGCCAGAGGGCGUGGAGACCGCCAAUGGGACAGGGGGUGGAGCCGGGGGCUGCUGUCUGGGGACGGAGGAGGGGGGCUGGGGCGCGCGCGGCUUCCACACCAUGCUGGAAGAGCGCGUGCAGAGGCUGGAGGAACGCCUGGUGACGCUGGCCGGGGAGCCGAGCCAUGACCGCGCCCCUUCAGGCAGGCCGGCUCGGCCCCUCGUGCAGACGGAGCUGGCCGUGCUGGAGCAGAGGCUGGUUUCGCUGGAGACCUCGUGUACCCCCGGCACCACCUCCGCUGUCCUGGACAAGCUCGGGGCCGAGGUGAAGGCCUGGCAGAGCCGGAGCGAGUCCCUUUUGCGCCAGGUGGCCAGUCACGCCAUCCUGCUCCAGCAGCUCAAUGGCACCGUGGCCGAGGUCCAGGGGCAGCUGGCGGAAGCGAUGGGCAGCUCCCUCCAAGGCGAGAUCACCCUGCUCAAGGUCAACCUGAACUCUGUGAGCAAGUCGCUCACGGGCCUCAGCGAUUCCGUCAGCCAGUAUUCCGAUGCCUUCUUGGCCGCCAACACCUCCCUGGACGAGCGGGAACGCAAGGUGGAGGCCGAGGUCCAUGCCAUCCAGGAGCAGGUCAGCAGCCAAGGCUCCCGGCUUCAGGCUGAUCACAGGCAGGUCCUGAGCCUGCGGGGGGAGCUGGAGCAGCUCAGGGCCAGCAUGGCCGAGGUGGCUGGCGGGCUGAGCCGCUGCCAGGACACGGCCCAGGAGCUCCGGCACGCGGUGGGCCACUUCGAUCAGAGGGUGGCCCAAGUGGAAGGUGCCUGCAGGAGGCUGGGCCUGCUGGCCGCGGGCCUGGACAGCUUGCCAGCUGAGUUGCUGGGGCCCAGGGAGGGCCUGUGGGACCAUGUGGACCAGCUGAAUCGCACGCUGGCCCAGCACGCCAAGGACAUCGCCCGCCUCCGGGAUGACCUGCUGGACUGCCGCGCCCAGCUGGCUGAGCGGGUACGGCCAGGGCAGGCCAAUUAGGUGGGCUGGCCGGGACCCAAAUCCCCUCAGAUCCUGCCAACCCUGGGAGCAGACCCUCCCUUCCCCCCCGCCCCCCACACACACCAGAGCCCAGCCUUGCCCAGUGGUGUCUCCCAGCCUCCCCUGGCCAGCGUGGAUGCCAUUUCGGAAGGGCCUGAAGGAACAAUCUUGGUCCAGCUUCACCUGACUGCCCAGGCACCAAAACCCACAUUUGGUGUUGCACCAGCUGGACAGUUCGGGAUCACGGUCAAGGCUGGUACUUCAUGCCUCAAGGCCGGGGUGGCCCUAAGAGACCUCACCAUCUAGUCUGCAAAGUGUUCUGCAGACAGCCCAGCCGGCACCUGCGCACAGACCUCCAGGACCCUGCUCAGACCACAGUCUCUGCGGCUCCCUUGGCUCAGGGACGACAGCCCCAGGCCUGCGGAGGCUUCUGGCCUCCCUGUCCCUUUGGCUUCUCUUCUCGGCCAUCUGGGCCCAGUUUCUUCAGGAAGGCGGUGCCUGUUGGCACGGUCUUCCUACCUGGCAGCUUCAUGGAUGCUGUUUCUGAACCAAGGACUAGAGGUUUCCACUGUCCGCCCCCUGGCUUCUUCAGGACAGAAUGGAAACACCAGGACUCGGCGAG